AUGGCUGAUGUUUGGCAACUUGGAAUCUUCGGUUACAUCAACUACCUGGUCGACAGGGACCGCCAGUUCAUCAUCGAUACACUUCUAAACGGCAUGUGUUUCUUCUGGUUUGAUUUUUCUCUUCCAUUCUUUCUUUCGUCUUCUCUCUCUCACUUUCAGGGCAUGUUCCUCGUCCACCGGCUGACUGACAUCUCUUCCCUAUUAGGUUUGUCGAGACUGGAGUAUCGAGGCUAUGAUUCAGCUGGUAUUGCCGUAGAUGGUGACAAGAAAAAUGAAGUUCGCGCUUUCAAGGAGGUCGGUAAGGUUGCCAACCUGCGUGAAUGUAUCGCCGAGGCCAAGCCCGAUAUGACCAAGAGCUUCGAGUCCCACGCUGCCAUUUCUCAAACCCGCUGGGCUACUCACGGCUCACCUUCCCGCCAAAACUGCCAUCCCCAUCGGUCGGACCCUACUUGGGAGUUCGCGGUUGUCCACAACGGGAUCAUUACCAACUACAAAGAAUUAAAGGUCCUGCUGGAGAGCAAGGGCUUUCGCUUUGAAACCGAGACUGAUACUGAGUGUAUUGCUAAGCUCGCGAAAUACCUCUAUGAUCAAAACCCGGACAUCGAAUUCCAUGUCUUAGCCAAGGCUGUUAUCAAAGAGCUACAGGGUGCCCUCGGAUUGCUGAUCAAGUCCGUUCAUUAUCCCCACGAGGUUAUCGCCGCCCGAAAGGGUUCCCCGCUGGUUAUCGGUGUACGGACUGCGCAGAUGAAAGUCGAUUUCGUCGAUGUGGAGUACUCGGAAGAGGGUGGUGCUCUUCCUGCGGAGCAGGCCUCUCAGAAUGCUGCAGCUAAGAAAUCAUCCACUAGUCUUCUAUUAGCUCCUCCUGACAAGUCACUGUUACAUCGUUCUCAAUCGCGAGCAUUCCUCUCCGACGACGGCACUCCUCAGCCAGCUGAAUUCUUUCUAUCGUCUGAUCCUGCGGCUGUCAUUGAACAUACGAAGAAGGUACUCUAUCUAGAGGAUGAUGAUAUAGCACAUGUCCACGACGGUCAGAUUAACAUCCACCGUCUUACUAAAGAUGACAGUCUAUCCAACGUUCGCACUAUCCAGACCAUUGAACUAGAGCUGCAAGACAUUAUGAAGGGAGAGUUCGACCAUUUUAUGCAGAAAGAAAUCUUCGAGCAGCCAGAAUCAAUUGUCAACACGAUGCGUGGCCGCUUGGAUCCUGUGAAUAAGAAGGUUACUCUUGGCGGUCUUCGCCAAUAUAUUUCUACUAUUCGUCGCUGUCGCCGAAUUAUCUUCAUUGCUUGCGGUACCAGCUACCAUUCGUGUAUGGCUGUCCGUGGUGUCUUUGAGGAGCUGACUGAAAUCCCCAUUGCCGUCGAGCUGGCCUCGGACUUCCUGGACCGACAGGCGCCUGUGUUCCGUGACGACACCUGUGUAUUUGUCUCCCAGUCUGGAGAGACAGCUGACUCCCUGAUGGCCCUCCGCUACUGCCUGGAACGCGGUGCUCUCACUGUCGGUGUAGUUAAUGUUGUCGGAUCAUCUAUUUCUUUGCUGACCCAUUGCGGUGUUCACACCAACGCUGGCCCUGAGAUUGGUGUCGCCUCUACUAAGGCGUAUACCUCGCAGUUUGUGGCCAUGAUUAUGUUUGCUCUGUCUCUCAGUGAAGACCGAGCUUCGAAGCAGAAGAGGCGCGAGGAAAUCAUCGAAGGACUUGGCCUUGUCUCGGAGCAAUUGCGGGAGAUACUUAAAUUGAACGAGCCAAUCAAGGACAUGUGCGCCAAGUUCUUCAAGGAUCAGAAGAGCCUGCUGCUGCUAGGCCGUGGUGCCCAGUUCCCCACUGCUUUGGAAGGUGCGCUCAAGAUUAAAGAAAUCUCGUACCUCCACUGUGAAGCGGUUAUGUCUGGUGAAUUGAAGCACGGUGUCCUAGCCCUCGUUGACGAGAACCUACCCAUCAUCAUGAUUCUCACCCGUGAUAGCUUGUUCACCAAGUCUCUGAACGCUUAUCAACAGGUCAUUACUCGUGGUGGCCGUCCGAUUGUGAUCUGCAACCCUGAUGAUCCAGAGUUUUCGGCCGCACAGACCGAGAAGAUCGUUGUCCCCAAGACUGUUGACUGCCUUCAAGGCCUGCUGAACGUCAUUCCCUUGCAGCUGAUUUCGUACUGGCUCGCGGUUGGCGAGGGUUUGAACGUGGAUUUCCCGCGUAAUCUGACCAAGUCGGUUACCGUCGAAUAA